AUGCUCCUCAACUGGUUCACUCUUCUGACUGCUGCUACCGCGGCGUUUGUUUCGGCCCUUCCCGUCGCUGGUCCCGAUGCCUCCGACAUCGACCCCGAGUUGAUCCGCCGUACCGGCGGAGGCGUCAACGACUGGGACUGCAAGUCGACGCUGGGCCGUGACCCCGUCAUCUUCAUGCACGGUCUGACGGCGCCUGCGGGCCUCAAUUGGCUUACCAAGGCUCCAAUCGUCGCCGCGCAGGGUUACUGCGUCUUCACUCCGCAGUACGGCAGUGUCGGUGGCAUCCUCUUCGGCUUUGCGUCCAUGCGCGACUCGUCCAAGGAGAUUGCGGGCAUCGUGCAAAAGGUGCUUGCUGCCACUGGCGCGUCCAAAGUCAACCUCGUCGGCCACUCGAUGGGCACAACCGUCGCCGCCUACUACAUGAAGUUUGACGGUGGAGACAAGUUGGUCAACCACUUCAUCGGCUUUGGUGCAAACUACAAAGGCACCACCCUGUACGGUCUCAACUUGCUUGUCAAGACUAUUCCUGGCAUCUCGCCUGCUCUUCGCGAGAUCUGCGCUUCGUGCGACGAGUUCCUUACCCCUUCGACCUUUGUUGCCGACCUCAACCGCGGCGGCGUCACAGUCCCUGGCCCAGACUACACCACCAUUGCAUCCAAACUCGACGAACUGGUUGUUCCUUACACGUCGGGCAUCCUCGACGAGCCGGGAGUCACCAACAUUGUCAUCCAGAAGCAGUGCGGCCUCAUCCUUGACCUUUCAGGUCACUUUGCCCAGGCCGUCGACCCCAACGUCACUGCCUGGAUCCUCUGGGCUCUUGGUGGCAAGAAGGGUCCCAUCCCUGGCUGCAUCCCCUCGCUCAUCCCCUCGUAG